AGAGAGAGAGAGAGAGAGAGAGAGAGAGAGAGAGAGAGAGAGAGAGAGAGAGAGAGAGAGAGAGAGAGAGAGAGAGAGAGAGAGAGAGAGAGAGAGAGAGAGAGAGAGAGAGAGGAGAGAGAGAGAGAGAGAGAGAGAGAGAGAGAGAGAGAGAGAGAGAGAGAGAGAUUUGGUGGUCGCAAGCCUCCUUAA